AUGUCUCAACUAAAAUACUUGUCAAUUAUUUACUGUAUUGCCCGAUAUGGAAGAAUGCUCUACUUCUGCCCAACAUGUGGUAAUCUCCUUAUUGUGGAGGAGGGAUCUCAGGGUAUGCGAUUUUCAUGCGUCACCUGUGCGUACGUGUUCCCUGUCAAGAGAUGUGUCUCGUACAAGAUUUACCCCAAGCUGAAGGCUCUAGAUGACGUGUUAGGUGGGUCAGCUGCCUGGAAGAACGUAGACUCCACCGAUGAGCCCUGCCCCAAGUGCACCCAUCCCCGUGCAUUCUUUAUGCAAGUGCAGACCAGAUCAGCUGAUGAGCCUAUGACAGUCUUCUACAAGUGCUGUUCGCCUGCCUGUGGACAUCGCUGGAAGGAAUAA